UCUCUUCUCAAUCUGCUUAAGUAUCAAACAAGCAACAAGGAAUAAGGUGAUAAGUGAUAAGUGGACGAGGGGUAUCUGAAGGCGAACGGAGACGACGAUGAGCGGGACAACGAGCAUGGAACACUGUGCGUUCGUGCUGUUAGCCGAGUUCGAUAUCGACCGCGGGGCUCAGCUCACGUACCAGUUUCCUCAGCCUUUGGGGACUGAUGAGGGGCUCCUUGCACACCAAAUGCUCCCUGACGGUGCAGACCGACAACUUGAAGAUUGGACGAUAUUCUUCCUUAAUCAGACACCGUUUAAUAGGAUUGAGCCGGUGCUUGCUCUUGAGUCUUCUUCUUCUCGUUCAAUCAAAGGAGAUUCGACUGCCUCUCUCGGUCAGGCUGGAGAAGGGGAUGGGGUAGGGGUAGGGGAUGGGAAGGAGGGGGAUGGGGAGGAAGAGGAAGGGAGUGAGUUGUUGUAUGUGCUGAACCUUGUUAGGACGAAGUUGGAUGCUACUGCGAGGAGAGGUGCGGAGGUGAAAGCUAUGGCGAUAUGUACAAGGCAUCCGUUCAUCCAGAUCUUCAAGCCCGUCCUCCUAAUGGCCCUCCACGACUACUUCUCCGACCCUUCCCAAGAAUGCCUCGCUCGGCUGUUUGACGCCGUAAACGCGAUGGACAUCUCAGGCGCACCGACGCUCACGAGGGAUGAGAAACUUAUUAUGCGGGUUACGGAGAGGAAGGAUAUCUUUAUGGAGAAGUUCGCUUCGCCUCCUCCUUCUCAGAAUCAACCACAAAGUCAGAGUGCGGGGUCGAAGAGACCGUCACAAGGGAGUACUCACGCCGCACAUCGAGAACGAGAGAGGGAGAGAGAGAGAGGAGAGAGAGACCGCGAUACGUUGGUAAUGCAUCAGGGAGAGGGGGGGUCGAGGUCGAGUUUCGAGGGCGGGAAGACCCAAAGUCAAAGCCAAAGUCAGAGCAGGAGUCGAGCUGAUAGUUUGAAAUCCCACAAGAGCGCUGCAGCGUCUGAAAGUUCCGGACCUGCCUCGUAUGCGAGCGGUGCAGCGUGGGCUGGAGCUGGGGAGGACGGCGUACUUGCGCUUGACGGGCUUCACAUCACCACCACCACUACCAGCAACAGCAAUAAUAAUAACAGCAAUGGGAACGACUCACACUCGCGGGAUCGAGCGCAAAGUCAGAUUACUCCCCAGCCGACUCAGACUCAGACUCAGACGCAACGUGGCCGACGAUCGGUAGACUCGAACUCGACAAGCUCACAUGCCCGACGAGAUGAGUAUGCUGCUAUCCCACUUGUCGAUGUGAAUGCUCGUGCGCCGAAGGAUACGCAUUUCUAUACGACGUCGAUCGUGUAUCGGGGACAUACGUUGCCGAUUAAGAUGCCCUUGGCUACGUUCCCGGAGGAAGUUGGCGACUACUCCCUCAUCUCCCUAAUCCAAACAUUCAACUCCCCCUCCACAAGCAUCUCAGGCCCCCAACACCCCCACCUCCACACAAACGGCGACCGUACCCACCCAAUCAUCCUCCUCUUCAACGCACUCAUUACCAACAAACGUGUGAUCUUUCUUGGGUAUCAGAGACCUGCGGGACAGGUCGCUAGUGUCGUGUUGGCUGCGUGUGCGUUAGGGAGUGGAUGUGGUGCGGUUUUGAGAGGGUUCAUUGCUAGGGCGUUCCCGUAUGCGAAUUUGACGAAUCGGGAUGAGUGGGAGAAGAUACCAGGCUACAUAGCAGGCGUAACCAACCCCAUCUUCGAACAAGCCGGCGAAUGGGACCUUCUCUGCGACAUCUCUACAGGUCGAAUGGUCGUACACAAAGAUAUUCAUAUCAAUUGGCCUGUUGGAUCUUUACCUUCCUCUUCUGCUCCUCCGCCUGGUACGGGUGGGAUAACGCGUGUGGGGACUUUGCGUGGUGAGCCUUCAUUAGGGAUGGGAGGUGUUGGUGGGAGUGAGGAAGAGGUGGGAAGGAUGAGUAUGAGUACACAGGUGAAUGCGGCGCCGAUUGCGAGUGUGAAGGCGGAUUAUUCGGGGAAGGCGGAUAGUCCGGAUAAUAUUUUCAUGGAUGAUAUCAUCAACGCAAUCCAAUACCACUUCGGCGAAACCCUCGUCCGAGCCCGUUUCACAGAAUACGUCCUCCGUUUCGUCCGUCUCGUCGCGCGGUACGAAGAAGAGUACCUCGGUGGAACAACCAAAAUCGGGUUUCCCACAGUCUCGUUUGACGCGUAUGCGUAUCCAACAGUUCAGUUGGGCUCGGGUAUGAUUUUUCAGGAUGAUGUGAGUGUGGGGAGGGAGCUUGUGGCGAAUGCGAGGAGGAUUGAGGGGUGGAGGAGGACGGAGAUGUAUAGGUUUUAUUUGUCGGACUUCCAAAACGCACUUCAGACGAGAGCUAUACAAGGCUUUGACGUCUUACACCAGAUCGUGAGGUUAAAGACGGCGAAGAGCAUUAGUGAUACGGAAGUUGAGCUUAUCAUGCGUUCGUUAGCUGAGAACGUGCAGACGUACGAUCAGGUUGUUGAGCUGUUGUCGUUGCUACCGCAAUACCUUGGUGGACUCCUCCCGUUAACGUUUGGACUCUUCCAUCAACAGGAGACGAUACGGAACUUGACUGUGGAGUUGUUGACGACUCUGCGAGCGUUUCCCAUUGGCGUCCAAUUCCUACAAGGCCUAAACCACUUCCACCGAUACGCCUUCGUCCGGCAAGCACACACCCGUGAAACUAAGAUACUGCGUGACGCCGAACGACAGCACACCAAUCAACACAAUCAUACGAAUAAUCACAAUCACAGUCAUAAUUCCAACCACGGCAACUACGCUAAUAACUCGCACCACACCAGUAACACCAACAAUAACGUGAAUACGAACCAUACCAACCAUACCAACCAUGUGAAUCAUAUGAAUCAUAAUACGUUGUUGUCGCCUCCGUUACCUAACUUGGCUGCGUGGACGCCGACGAAUCGGAGUGAGUCGAGUUUAGGUGGGGUUGCUUGAGGUCAAGAGGCUGUGGUUGAGAUUUUCCUUGGUUCGUCGGUCUCGUUGCUAGGCAAACCCGAUUCACAUGUGUCUUUUGGCAUGGUGCGAUGAUGUGCAGUAGAUCUGUGCUUUCUUCAUCUCUUCAGCUAUGACUCGC